UGGAUACAAACCGUACUUGAAGCAUCGAAGCGGGGCGGGCCCCGCACCAUCACCGCUCAUUUCUACUCAAACCUUCUUCAAUCUUCACCUACAUUCUUUUAUUCUCACUUACCAGAAAUUCUCUCUACUCCACGCUCCCAUCGACCAGGUUCUCAUUGUACCUAUAUUCUACCUCGAGAUGAUUCCAACAGGAGCUUCAUUUACAUGGACUGAGCACCUUCAUUUUGACAUCCUGAAUUCUGAUCCAUGAUAUUUCUCAUAUCCAUCUUAAAAUUAUCAUUAGCAAAUAGAUGUAAGUCGUGACUAUCCACUCUCUUAAAUAAUUUCGAAUUGACAUCCGGUCUUGUCUCCCCUGAAAAUAUCUUUGCAUUUCUUAUUUCAUUCCUCAAAGAGUUCUACUAAUCCCGUCCUUUUCAAUGAGUGACUGAUUUGACCAUAUUCCUCUUGGAGAUAUUCUGACAUGGCUAAUUUUGUCAAUAACAAAAAUGUGUCCAAUAGUCUUUCGAUUGCUUCUAGCCCUAAAUCUCUUGCACGUCAGCCUUUAAGACCAAUAACGUCAAAUAAAUGGGAAGUUGGAAAGGGAACUAGUGGUAAGGUGGCAUCUUUUCUUAUUAAAACUAUUGCAUUGGAGACUGUACGGAGGUUUUCAAGGGCCAAGUGUCCUUUUCUCUGGACUGGGUUGCAAGGUUUACAAGUUCUUUGUUAUCCCCCGCUCAAAUGGAUACAGUGCUGGAAGCCUUUUGGGUUCUUGGUCAAAGGAAUGCAGAUGAUUUCGCAGCCAUUAUUAGUGCUCUCUAUUGUGAAUGCUUUCUCUGAUCAUUCAGACUGCAGCAAUUUUUUCUUGGAUGAUACUGAAAAUUCUCCUAGCAAUGAUGAUUCCCAAUUGAGUUCAGAAUCUCUUUCAGGAUCCCCAUCUUUACGAUGUAAUCAGAGUAUGAGAAUUGCCGAUGAGAAUCCUCAAGACCUUUUGUCUACUGACUGGUUGAACCACCUAUGUAGAGAGCUGGAAAAUCAAGGGAUGACAUUGCCAGAAAGACUUAAUAAAGAGGACCUCCGGAGAUUUUAUGUAGCUGCAAAUGGUGAUUUACCAAGCUUGCUAUCAUCUGUAAAGAAAACAAUACGUUGGAGGGAGACUUACAGAAUUCUCUAUGGAGAGGAACUCGAGAGGUGGUCAAAUAUGAUCUUCUGGCAUGGAUUAGAUGUGAAAAAUCGACCCUGUCUUAUUGUCCGUCUUGGCCUGGCCUGCAUCAGUUUGCCAUCUCAUGAUAGACCUCGCUUUGCUCAGGCUGUUGUAUCUCAGGUGGAGCAUGGUGUCCUGCAUUUGAUUGAUGGUGAAAAUCCCCAGAUAACUGUUUUAGUUGAUUGUCAAGGGCUAUCUCCACUCAGAUUUCCCAUGCAAACGAUGAGAUACUGCUGUAAUCUUCUGCAAGAUCACUUUCCCAAUGUUUUGGGGUGUUUAAUUGUUAUACGGCUCCCUUCAGUUGUUCGUGUUAUUGCCCAAACAUUUAUACAAGUUCUUAAACCUGCCACCAAGCAGAAACUGAGAAUUGAAGGAGAAGCAUAUCGUAAGGUACUCUCCGAGUGUUUCCAGACACUUCCGUCCUAUCUCGGUGGGCUAUGCACUUGUGAAAGAUGUGCUAUGCUUGACGCAGGCAUUCCACGGCGAACUUUGGAGAGCCCUACUGGCAGUGUGGAGUCAGUCCCAGAUAUAGUCAAUGUGGAGGACUUCCAACCAAUUUAUCAGUAUGAUAUGAUUAUGGGUGGUGACUGCAGUCGAACAAUACGGGCUGCUGUUAUAGGCAUUCUCAUUAUCUGGGUGUUGGUUGCUUUUAUUGAGGGAAUUUACAAUCCUGAAAGCCGUCCAAGUUUACCCCCAUGAUACAUGAGAAGGAUCGUCUUCUUCAUUCUGGAUCCCUACAUUUCUGAACAAAGCCUUAGGCAUGUGUCGAGGUAAUGUUAGGAAUAAUAGGCAAGUUGCAGAUUUCAUCAUGUAUUUAUAGGUGCCAUAGUAAUCUUUUUUCCAGUGUAUCUUGUACUUGUGCUGAUGGAGUCGAUGUCAAUGACUGCUGGAAGAUAAGACCCACAGUUCAGUUGCAGCUGUAUUCAUUGGGAGGUUCACGUGUUAUUUAAUCAUUUCGUAUAUAGCUAAAAAUGUUGAAGCUCUUCAAUAAAUUACCAAAUGCUUGCAA